GCACUCAUAUUUACAUAUAGGGGAAGAUAAUUCUUGAGUUAAUGUAUUUAAAGCCAAAAUAUGCAGAUAAUACAUACUACAAGUAUAACAAACUUUUUAACAAAUUGCAUAGUGAAAGUGGAAUAUUUCUCUGUGCAUUAAAAUAAAGAAUAUUAGGAAUAUUAAUCAUUUGAUGGUAUCGAUAGUAGAUCAAAACCCAAAUCAUCGAUAUUAUUAAUGCUGAUAGAUCAAAAGCUCUGCUAACAAUUACUUCUUAUGUUAUCAUUACGGAAGGAUAAGAAACAUAAUCAUACUGAUAAGUAAAUUUGGACUUAAAAUCGUACAAAGUCUGAUGACAAUGGAAAGUAAAAUACAACGUCAAGAAAUAUUUUCGAAUACUUCAGAAUUACGAAAACGUGCCCAAGCCGUAGAAAAACAAACAAUAAAACUCCCUGAUGAAGCCGGAGAAAGUAAUGGUUAUGAAAAAAAUAGUAUACAAAUAAUUGAUUACUCUUCUGAUCAUAAAUCGACUUAUCAUCGCACACAUACUUCUCAGAUAAAAGCACCAAUCACGAUGACUUCAGCGGUAACACCAAGUAAAACAAACACUGUUUUAACACACUUGAGUCGAAAUGGUGGCACACUAUCGAAUCGACGUUUCAGUGAAAGCUCAGCAGAUGAAGUGCACAGAUGUGAAGAGUCAAUAAAACUAGCUGCCUGGAAUAACAACAUGUCGCUUAACAACUCAGUGAAUAUUUGCUCCAAGACUUUUCAGUCCAACAGAAAAAGUUGCUCACGAUUCCAGCCAGAUGAAAUUGAUGAAAGAAGCGGUUGUUGCCAUUUCGGCGGCGGACAUAGAAAGAAAAGAAUAAGUGACGCCAUUGACGUAGGAAUUCGAGUAAUGCUUGUAUUUAUCUUUAUAUCCCUAGAGGCUGCAAAACCUUUCAAGCGAAAGCUUCACCCUGAAGAGAUGUGGUUGUACAAAAAUCCACGCACACCGGACAUAGUUUCAGCCCAAGCUCUACUUUUAUCUGUCAUAUUUGGCCCAUUAUUUGUGACACUAUUCCAUUUGUGGUUGACAGGGGAUCGCCGUGAUUUUCGCGCCGCAAACUGGGUCUGGACAUUGGCGCUUGGGUUGAAUGGUCUGACAACAAGCCUCUUAAAAAUAACCGUUGGACGUCACAGGCCCGAUUUCUUUUAUCGCUGUUUUCCUGACGGUAUUGUAGUAUUAAAUAAUGUUACCCAUUUACAUGGUUCGAUGGAUUAUUAUAAUUGCACCGGUGACAUACGUCAAAUAAGCGAAGGACGCAAAAGUUUUCCAAGUGGACAUGCUUCAUUUGCUUUUGUUGGCUUCGGGUUCAUUGCAAUUUAUGUAUGCGCUAAACUGCAUGCAAUGAGUGCGCGAGGUCGUGGACAGUCCUGGCGUUUAUGUAUUUCAGUAUUACCAUUAAUUUUAGCUACAUUAAUAGCAGUUAGUCGCACUUGCGACUACCAUCACCAUUGGGAGGAUGUAACAGCUGGAAGUAUAAUUGGAUUAAUGUGUGUUUAUCUGGUUUAUAGACAAUAUUAUCCCUCGUUAUCCUCGAUUAAUUGUCAUCAACCCUAUAUACGAAUAUGCGAUAGACUAAAGAAGACAGAUACUCAGUUGCAUUCCCAGUCAGCGGGUUUAUUGAGUGAGGAGGAUGUAAGCAACGAUGAUAUUUCAAAUUAAUAUUAUGAAAAAGUUUUGGUGGAGAUCAUCGUCGAGCCACUUAAAUCAAAAGUAGAUAUCAUAGAAUAAGUUAAUUUAUCAUUACAAUAUAUGCUGUUUGUUUUAAAUUAUUUUUAGUUAUGUAUGUAUAUACAUUACACUUUAAAAUAAGAUUCUCAAUUUAGUAAAUAUAAUUUGAUACUAUGCACUAGAGCAUAAAAUGGAAUUCCUUUUGUUAUAUACUCAUAAAUCUAGCAAAGCUUUCAACUGUACUUAAAUACGCAUCAUUAGCUAUUAAGAUAUAAGAUUGCAAUAUUAUUCAAAAUCAUCCCUCCCGCUUUACUUAAAAAAAUUCCCUUUUAAUUAACUGAAAUUGACUGUUAUUUUUCUCUUUUGAAAAAGGCGUACAGGGGCUUUGUGAAAUAUUAAUAAAAACGCUACCAACUUGUUA